GAACGCAGUUUAAUUCUCUUUUAUCUUUCUUUCACAUCAGAUUUUAUCUGUACAUCUCUUUUUAAAUUCCGAAAGUGUACGUUAGUUCAGCAAUAGAAAACAGACUUUUUGUUGUCGCUACGAUCGUGGCUGUCGCGUCCAAGCGGCAAUUGAACGAAUUACAGGUAACAAACAAACAAAAAGUAUGGCAGGUGUUAGAGAGCUCGGUGAAGAUGACCGUUUGUACGCGGUGUUUUGACUUAAUUUGACUCUGACUGAGAAGUGAAAUGUCUUCGAAUGCUAGAAAAUCACCGCGAGUAGAAGACUUGAUUUCUACGGAAGAUGACACCUUGGGAUCCUCUAUAAGUCUCAGUGUUGGGGAGAACUCAAUACGUAUCAAGGAAAAACUCAAACCUACCAAGGAAAUUGAGCAAUUCCCAGCUGAUAAAAAGGACGUGCAAGAGAAAUGGUGGCUGAAGAGACCUGAAACACGGUUAGAAGUCUUAAGUGCCAAGAAUACAGAAACUAAGAUGAAGCAGUCACCUACUCCUUCGUCGGAUGUCAGUUCUUCCAUGAAAGAAUUUCUUGAGAAGGAAAGAAUGUGCAAAGCCAUGCCCAGGAGUGAAGGAAAAGUCAAAGACAAAGAUGACACCCUGUGUGAUAUACUUGCAUCUGCAGCUUUUGAUAAAUAUCCAUCAGACUUUGAGAAUGCUACUGACGAGGACAUCGGUAGCAUAUUGGAAGAAAUGAGCAAGAUUGCAGGUGCACUAAGUCCUAAUUCAGGCCCUGAACGUACCAAAUCAGGAGGCUCGAGCAAAAUUCACACUGAGAAAGAAAAGUCUGUAGAGGAAUUAUUAGAAGAAGCUGAGAAGUUAGUAAGGAAAAAUAGUAGUACUCUAUCAAAAAGCGCAUCUAAAUCUGACACUCUAGUACUAGAAAAUGGUCAGGAUGAGAGCUUGAGUCGAGUGAGGCAGUUAGAAGCUGACAUUUUUCAACUAAUAGAAGAGGAAGUGCACAGAGAAUCGGAAAAGAUAAGGAAAAGUCCGAAGAACGAGAAGAAGCGGGAGAAUAGUCCAGGUUUCGAGAUCGUUUAUGAGGAUUUAAGCAGCUUGAGACCGCCGAAAACGUUGGAACUUCAGAGGAGAAAAUUCGAAGAGCAGAAAGUCGAGAUAUCUAGCAGUUCUGACUUGGAUGAUCCAAUCGAGAGGCAUUCCAAAUCCGAAGAACUGAAAAGUACAAAGAAGAUGGAGCUGGAAAAAGAGAAUCUGCAAAAGGAGAUCACGGACGUAGACAAGGAUUUUUUCGAAGAUUUGCUGAAGAGAUCCAAGGAAAAGGCAGAAGGUGGAAUGUCGGGAAGUUCCAGUUUCGGACAAGAGGACUUCUCGCAUUUUUUGAAACUGCUGCAUGGGCAAACGGACAAGAAAGAGCCAGAAUCAAAAGAGCCUAAUAUGAUGUAUAAUUUGUUGUUAAAAACUACUAAUGGUGAAAUGGUAACGACUGCCGAAGGCCAACUAGCAAAUGGAAAAACCCCCGAGUUUCCGGAAAAGGAAUUCUCCGAGAUAUUAGAGAAGGAAUUGCCUGCGACUAAUGACGCAUAUAUGGAACAUGAAAUCAACGAAAGUGAUUCCAGCGUGAGCGGGGAACUACCUAAACGAGCACCGAAUUCUCCAUCGGUCGGAGUAACAUUCUCCAAAAAUUCUAGCAACGAAUCUUCGAAAAAAUCUGCAACAAAAAGCGUAGAGAACAAUAAAAACGCAUCAGAAAGUAAUAAGAUAAAUUUCGAGGUUGAGUUGUACACAGUGGGCUUAACACCAAGAUUAGAACUGUUUGCCGACGCGAUACCUAAACUCAUGGCGGAGAAAUUAAACGAGAAUGUUAUGAAGGAGAAAGAAGGAGAAAACACGGAUAAAGCUGAUUCCACGCACAAGGAAUCUUCAUCCCCAGAAAAGAAGAUCGAAGAUAAAGUAGAAAAUACAAUCAAAGCGUCGAAAACUUCCAAGACGAGUUACCAGGAAACGUCGAGCUACGGCGCCUCAAGAGGAACAGUGGACGUACCUAAAACUGAACGCAUUAUUAGUGCACCAAAUAAUAAGCAAACGAAAAAGGAGAUUAGAUUCUGCAAGUCUAAGAGUUACGAUCAGAUAUGUCAACCUCCUCUCAGAACUUCUCUGGAAAAUAUCAGGACUAAUAAGACAUCGGAUGUGUCUAGAAAGCCUGCAAACUCGGUUCUUAGAAAAUCACCGAUGAUCAAGCCAAAAAUAUCAAGUCGGCCAAUUCCAAAAGCAAAUACUGAUCAAAUCCAGAAAGUGAAAUCGAAACCUAACACGCUCCUGAAACCGAAAAUGGAUUCUGCUAAGCUCGGUUCCACGUCCAGCCUACCGGCUACGUGCAAAACGUCUCAGGUGAAAUCGCCCGACAGUUACAGGAGGAAUUUAAUGGCCGCUGGUGAUACGAAUUUAGUGACGUUCGACUGGAAAAUGUUGUGUCGUGAGGAGAAGCACAAGAACACUCUCUUGAAACAACAGUUAGAAGCUGAGGCGAAGCUCUAUAAGAAUCAAAUCAUGGAAAUGCGCACAUCCUUUGAGGGAGAACUCUUUGCCCUAAAGAAACAGAAUAUAAUCUUAAAAGCGAGAGUCGACGAGCUGUCUUUGAACGAGAGGCGUUCGGAGGUUCACACGAAAAAUGACAUGAAGGUGACACUGCUGGAACAGGAACUCGAGAAGCAAGAGAGCUUGAUCCGCGCUUAUGAGACUGAAAACAAGAAAUUGAUGCAAGACACGAAACGUCUGCAGGAGGAGCUGAAGAGUUUACAAUCUAAGCAAAAGAGUACGGUAUCGCAGGCAAACGACAUGCAGGAGUUGACUGAUCGAGUGAAGGAUCUUCAGGAAGAGGCGUUGAAACUAAAUCUUGAAGUAUCCGAUUUAAAGCAAAAGAACGCCGACAUCUUGCUAAAAAAUGACGACUUGAUUCAACAGAACAGCCUACUCACGGAUGAAUUGGAGAUGUUCAAGGAGCAGCUGCGAGCAAAGAAUAACUUCAUCACGGAUCGACUGCAAGCGAUGACUUCUGCUGAAUUGGACUUGAAGAGACAAAUAGAAGACCUGAGUAUCAAACUAAGCUCGAAGUCUGAGCAGUUGCGCGUGACGAAGCAAGAGUUGGACAAAAUGCAACAGAACGUGUUGCCGUUGGAAAAGGAACUGUUAGAGCUUAGGGUAAAAGAAGGCAAUCUCUUGGAGAAACUACAAAUAAGUAAGAGUCAUAUCGAGCGUGAGAAGUUGCUCAGCCAGAAACUCAAGGAUCAGGUUAUCUUAGAUAAUAAGAAAGUGAUGGAUCUAAAUAGGCAAGUGCGCGAGAUGGAACGUAUACUCAAGAGAAAGAAUCCCGACUCAGUGUCGGCACUCAUACUGACCGCAAACUCGGGCCAAGAGAAAAUCGGCACAGAGAAGGUGAAACUGUUGGAAGAGAGAAUAGUGACUCUAGAGAACGAAAUCAAGACCAAAGAGAACCUUGCGCAGCAGAACCUGAUUGAUCUGCAAAGAAAGUUCUCCGAUAUGAGGGAUAAGUAUGCGGCGCAGGUGACAGAGCUGGAAGCGAAAUUGUCUGAAGUCACGGCGAAGGAGCACAAGUUGCACAACGACAUGUUCACACAAACGGUGAGGUACGUCGAGAACAAGAGUGUGGAGACCAACAGGAGAGAUGACAGAGCCUCGAUUAUGGACAAAGAGGAUAAGAAAGAUCAGAAAGCCGGAUCAAAGGUUGGACCAAAGUCUCAGAAUCCGAAAGAAGACGCACAUCUCAUCGCUACGAUCAGAGGUCUGCAGUUAGAGAUCACGAACAAGGACAGAGCCGUACUGAAGUUAACUAAAGAGAGUCAAGAGCUCCAGAAGACGAACAGGAGAUUGCAGAAGGAGCGAGAGAAAUUGCUAAACGAUCGUAGAAGCUUCAGGAGCAUGGACUUUGACAGAAUGUUUCAGAAAACGAAGAACGGUGAUGGAAACGAUCAGAACUCAAAUGUCUAUCAGAACGGACACGUCACCGACUCGCAGAGGCUGUCUUCAUCAACUACUAAGCUAUACGAUCCGAUACAGUACACGGAGACUAGCAAGAACGGCGUUAUCAAGAAAUUGACUAAUGAGAAUGACAUCCUAAAGGAGGAACUGAACAAGAUCAAUAAGGACUUCAUGGCACUCAAGAGCAAAAGACUCCAUGACUUGAAUCUUCUACAAGAAGAACACGAGCGAGAGAUGGCCACUCUCGUGAAAGAAUACAGCGUCAAGUUCGGGGAUUCUAAGGUGGUAAAGUUACAGGGUCAGAUUAACUCUCAGGGAGCAAUUAUAUCGCAUUUAAAGGAGCAGGUGGAGAAGUUCAGAGACUAUAAAGAACAAGUAGUCGUGCUGCAGGCCGAGAGAGAGCACUUGGAGAACAAAGUGAAGACACUGACCGAGAAAGUCAAGUACUUAUCGACGCCGGGGACUGAACAGUUGCAGUUGCUGCAGGACAAAAUCACGAUCCUUCAGCAACGGCACGAGAGCAGAGAGAUAACUCUGCAGACGCUAGUGCGCGAUCUAUUGAGAAAUCGCACGCAGUGCAAGGACUGCAAGAACGAAAAGGGUAAGAACCGACAGCUCUGUUACUUCCGACAAGAACUGGACCACAUUCUAGGAAUGCUUCAGGAGAUCGCUAACGUCCACUGAUAUCGUUGAAUCGAGAAUUGCUCGUUCUAAACAGCAGCGACUGAAUUUCGGUAGUAUUCCGGAUAUUGCAGAUACACGAUAACACAGUCUUCACGUUUAAUUUCCGAAUAAAUAAGAUAAUGACACACGUGGGUGACUCACCU